AUGACCUCAAUAGCUGGCCCGGAAGGCAGUAGCCAGCUUUCGCGAAAAACUCUUCCAGCCACAAUUGAGGCAAGAGAGAACAAGAUAUCAAUGAGGCCAACAUAUAAUACCACAGCCAUAGUCACAGCCAAAGCUGGUGUUAGAAUCCAAAUAUGGAAGUCGCCGAUCCUGUACCUAUUUGGUGGUUUGGCUAUCGUGUCAGGAAUCAUUGCCGUAGCAUUGAUAGUUCUGGCUUGCUCUCACAGAAAAUCAUCCCCAAGUGACGCUGAAGAAAAGCCUUUGCAUGAACUGCAGCCUGAAAUGGAGCCAAAAAUCGUAGUCAUCAUGGCUGGAGAAAGCAACCCCACGUACCUGGCAAAACCUGCCGACUUCUAA